UUUAUUAGUCAUCAAAUUAAGCAUGUUUGAGGCACAUCGCCAACUUUGUCUCAAAGCUUAAUUCCUGUCCAUUUCCUCUCAUCUCAUCUCACGCACUUCUCAUUCUUGUUCUCGCAUAAAAUCGUCAGAAUGGGUGUAAUCGGACUCACUGCCAGCGGCCUCGUCGGCGCUUUACACAGCUACAUCUUGGUUCUCGAGAUGUUUCUCUGGACGAAGCCUCGUGGAAGAAAGGCUUUCAGACUCACACCCGAAUUCGCUGAGCAGACCAAGACAAUGGCUGCCAAUCAGGGCCUCUACAACGGCUUCUUGUCCGCUGGACUGAUUUGGUCGCUUCUUCACCCGAACCCUGAGUUCUCAAAGCAACUUCAGAUCUUCUUCAACGGCUGUGUCUUGGUUGCGGGUGCAUAUGGUGGUCUCACCGCCAACAAGAAGAUUCUCUACAUCCAGGCUGCUCCCGCAGCUCUCUCUCUUGGACUCGUUCUGUUGGAUAUGUAGAAUGUGAUUAUGAAAUAUGAUCGAUGUGCAGUUAAUUGGGCUUACAUCGUUUGUUUAUCGAGCUAUUAUCUGGUGAAUAUGUGAGAACCCGGCAUCACAAAAAUAUGGUGUCCUUAUGUCUUGGGUUGGCAAAUGCAUUGUUGCUGUUCAAUACUAGUUUAUUGUUUCAUCACUACAUUUGGUAUCUAACGGGAAUCGAAUUUCCACUGUGUUCGACCAUGGACGGCUCUCCUAUGGGAACCGAGCGACUAUUUUAUCAAGCGCAUGCCUGAUUUCAUACCUACAGGCUCAACAUUGAACAAGUCCAGACAAUUGUGUCUCUAGGAUGCCUCCGGAGCCGGAACAACGAAGCUAUUAUGCUUAUUUUAACCGAGAUACAGCUGCAGCUUCCGUUGCUCAAGCUGGGCCAUCAGACUCUCUUAUAACAGUGGAUAAUCAGCAUCCUCGUCCCAGCCUAGACAUAUGCCGCC